GUAAAUCUGACAAAUCCGCGGGAAACUGACAGUAUAAACAAAGGUUAAGCAGUUGUUAUGAUGAGUGCUGUAGUUAUAGACGUGGUCUCUUGUAAUAUGGCACCGGAUUGCAAAACUCACCUUUUACCAUGUGAGAUAAGUUACAAUGGUCAAGCAAAAGUCGAAGAAUAUUUUUCAAGCUCCAUAAAGCAAGACAAGGAAAGUAAAGGUUUGACAUCUACAUUUAGAGGGAGGCCUCUUGAUGGUGAAGUUAAAGUAGUUCCUUCAGGUUACACAGGUAUAAUACUAAAGGAAACAAGAAAAGCUUAUACAGAUGAAGAAGAAAGAAAACUGAUAGCAACACACAAAUUUUCUAAAUUUCAUUUCUGGAAUCUUGACAAAAAGACAUCACAGGAGGAUAAACUUCAUCAAGUCCUAGACUGGAUGGAAAUAGCUAAUGUUUUGCACAGUCCUGUUAAUUUCAAAAGCAUUCCAAUAAAAAUGGAAGAUAGUUAAUGGGUAGUAUUAUUCAGAACUUAACCAUGACAGAAUGUGGUAGAUGUCACAUAAUACAAUUAACUGGAAUGGAAGAUUUUUUUAGUACUGUGACAUAAUUGACAGAACUUUUAUGUCAAUAAAAAUAUUUAAAGCAUGUAAAUUGUUAAUGAAAUGGAAAUCGAUAAAAUAAAAUGCAUAUCAAUUACACAUCUACAUUUACCCAAAUGUGUGCAAGAACAUUGUAGUGUACCGGUAUUAUUUUUGUCCUUGCUGAUUUAAAUAUUUGCUUUAAUAAAGGAGAUGGAAC